AUAUAUAUCUGUGAGUCAGAGACGCAAAGACUGAGAGACAGAACGAACAUUUUUGUUUGAGGCCUCGCAUCGCAUUAUUGUUGUUGUUACUUGGAAAAUUGAUAACAUUAAAGCCAAAUUAUCCAAAUCUACUGUGCAAUUUUUUUGGAUUUUUUCCGAGUGUUACAAAAAAAAUCUCAAACAAAACCAAAUAAAAGGUGAAAAAUCUGGCAAACCUUGGUGGAUUGAGGGCUCGCUUGUCGCUGAAGCAAGCAAUCUCCGACUACAGCGUUGACGACGAGGAGUGUAGGCCUUGGCGUCGCAGGCUUUUCAUGGCGUUCACAUGGGGUUCAGCGCUCAGGAUCACACUUAUCUUACUCCUCUUCGCUGCGGUGGUCACCGCUUGUUUCACUUUCCCCAUUGAAAAGAUUCUGAAGAACUUCUUAUUAUGGGUUGAGCAGGAUCUUGGACCUUGGGGUCCACUUGUGCUGGCUGUUGCAUACAUUCCCCUGACAGUCUUGGCAGUUCCAGCAUCAGUACUAACUCUCGGUGGUGGUUAUCUUUUUGGGCUGCCCGUGGGCUUUGUGGCUGACUCGAUUGGUGCCAGUAUUGGUGCAGGGGCUGCAUUUCUUCUUGGAAGAACAAUUGGAAGAUCAUUUGUUAUUUCCAAGUUGAAGGAUUAUCCACAGUUUCGGUCAAUUGCGAUUGCAAUUCAUGGUUCUGGAUUCAAGGUUUGUAAAAUUCAUAUUUCUCUUAGAACUGAUUUUUGUUUCUUAUAUACAGGAAAACAUAAAAAAUAAAAAUGAGAUAAGUAU